AUGGGCACCGCCAGAGGCUUUCGCCGCAUCCAUCCCCGGCCUUCGCCCAGCCCUGCAGACUGCACUGGGUUGACGUUAGCAAGCGGGGCAUGUGCAGCUGAAAGUGCUGCCGCCAAUGUUUUUGAGUUGUUGCAUGAAGCCGUUCGCCGGAAGGACCUCGACGGCACUCGACAGGCACUGGAUUUCGGGGCGGACGUGACGAGCAGAGAUCCAUUCGGUUGGACUGCGCUUCAUAUCGCGGCCAGCAAAGGUGCGGUCGAGAUUUGCGCCUUGCUGCUGCGCUCGGGAGCGAGGGUGACAGACGCAUGUCGUGUUUCUGUCUGGCCUGGCCAAAGCUUCACUCCCAUUGACAUUGCCGCACGAAGCAUUCGCAGCUCGUCCCACUUAGAACUAUGGAGGGAAGCUUUGUUCCACCAGAGCCGCAAGCAAAGAACCAUCGACGCAGGGCAGCAACAGGCUGCGUCGCUUCUGCUCAGCCUGGCUGGCGCACCGCAGCCGGGAACCACCGCAGAAUGCUGGCAGGGGGGCUUCUCCUACGAGCUCUGCUGCUUACGAAGCCGCGGUCAAAAUGCAAACUGCUUUCCGUCUGAUUCAGGCUUCGAGGAGACCCGAUGUUGCUCUGGGAUGCUGGAGGGGGUCCUCGCCACACAGACAGGAGCCAUUUCGCAAAGUGCAGGAACAUCCUGGCUCGGCGUGCGAAGCUGCGCGGAGAGGGCCAAGGAAGAGGCUGCAAACGAGCCUUCUGACGAAUCAGUGGCUGGGAAUGCUUUGCUAACGACCCUCACCUGCAUCGCUACACUUCCCUCUGUGGACAUCGUGCUGGAUACCUUCCUGGGGGGAGGCUUCAGCUGCAAAGCGGUUGCUGAAGGGCUUUCCGCUUCGAAAGCUCGCAGGAGGCCUCCGAUGGUGGUUGGCUUCGAACGGCACCAGGACAAGAUAGACGAGGCGCUCUCGCAAGUGAAGCAGGUGCCGCUCCUGCCACGCAAGCCGCCAAGGGUUGCGGACAUCUGCGCAGAGGAGGGUGAAGGUGUUCCUCUGUCCAAUUCCUACAAGGAGAAAUUGUACAAAUACCAGGAGCUCAUACUGGAGGCUGUACGACAACCUCCUGGCCCAGACGAGGAGCCACCGCAAAUCGUAUUCGCGCAUGGUGCAACAUUGGUGCAUAAGCCUUUGCAGGGCUACGCGUGGAACGCGGUGGACAUUGCUUGUCAGCACUUGGCUCCUGUAGAUCUGGUCAUUAUCGACCAGGAUUCUGCCGAUGUUACGAAGGAGUGGCUGAUCAUUGAGACCGUUUGCCGUCCCCGUUUGGUGGCUUUGUUCAACGUCAACAUCCACGGAGGGGGCAGCUGGAUCAAGAAUCGGCUCGAAAUCUUGGACAACUGGCAGCUGGAAGCCAAGGGUGUGAUCAAACUGGGAAGAGUCCCGUGGCAGUCUAUGGCAGAAGUGCGGAGACUGCGAGCCUGGGUGAUAUUCUCCAACCUGAUGGAGUAG